AUGUAUAAUGUAGUUGUUGACGUAGCAAGAUAUCGUGAAUUUGUUCCUUGGUGUAUUCGAUCGGAUAUAAUUAAACCAGCAUAUCCAAACAUGUUUAAAGCAAAUAUGGAAAUUGGUUUUCAAGUCAUUAAAGAACAAUAUACGGCUUUAAUCACUCAUCAAAAGCCAACACUAGUCAAAUCUGUUUGUACUGAUGGUCGUUUAUUCAAUUAUUUAAUAACAGAAUGGCGAUUUUUACCCGGUAUUGAAGUAGAGCCUCGAUCAUGUACUCUCGACUUUUAUGUUACAUUUGAAUUUCGAUCAGCUUUACAUGCUACGUUAGCACAUAUGUUUUUCGAUGAAGUUGUACGUCAAAUGGUAUCUGCUUUUCUUAAACGUGCUGCAAAACUUUAUGGACCAUCAUCAAUGCCCUCGAAACGUCUUCGAUAA